AUGACAACAAAAGAUUAUUUAAACGAAUUAAAUUUUCCUUCUUAUGAUGAGGAUCUGGAUUUAAAAAUCAUGGAAAACAAAAAUAUGAAGACGAAUUCUCACAAUUCAGAUAGUGGCAUAGAUAGUGAGAAAGAAAAUUUUAUAGACUGCUUUGAAACGAUCCCAAAAAGGCUACACAAUAAGGAUAAUGAAUUUUUUUUGAAAAAUGACACUAUUGAAGAGUGCAAAAAGCUUACAUAUGAUAAUCCCUGCAUUAAAGAAAUCGACCUUUUCCAAUGUAACAAAAAAAAGGGAUCUCAGGAAUAUUCAAAAAAUGAUGAUUACAUGGAUGACAAUUGCGGAGACGAUCAUGAUUUAACAAAAAAGUUGGAAACUUUUCAAAGUUUUGAUUUAUCUACUUCCGACAUAGGCGAUAAAGAACUGAGUGAAUCAGAAGCAAAUUUCCAGAAUUAUAACAUUAAUUUAAAAGUCGAUUCGGACAUAUCCAUUAAUGAGAAAAAAAGCUUUAAUAACCACGGUAUAGAAGUAAGAGAAGUUUCAGAAGAGAACAAAAGGAAAUCAUUAAGCUUUUAUGGUGGUAUAGGAUAUAACAAAGAGUUAGCGGAUGAAGAUAUAAGAAUUCAUUCGCUGUAUUUAGAGAACAACGCUGAAAAUGAAAUGAACAAAAAGGAAUACAUUAUUGAAAAACAAGAAGGAUUUACUAGAAGUAAAGACAUGCAGGAACUGGACACAAAAUUCGAGAUAAAAGAAUAUUCUGAUGAGGAAGAAGAAAAGAAUAGAAAAAUAAAAACAAAUAUCAAAGAGAAUAGUAACCAAAAAAAAGUAACCAAAGAAGAAGAUGCACCAAAUGAUAUACAAAUAGACAGAGACAUAGAUAACAAAGAAAUGGAAAACGAUGCAAGGGAUGAGAUAAGAAUGAACUCAAAAGAAAAAGCAGUAAAGGACAGUGAAGAGUUAGAAAAAAACAUAAAUACUAAUUAUAAUAAGAACAUUUUUAAAAAGGAACAUAUGCAGAGCACAAAUUUAACAAAUGAAAAAAGGAAAAUUAUUACAUUAGAGAGGAACCAAUGGCAUGAAAAAGUUUCAUUCUCUCCCAAAACGGUCAUAAUGGAUGAUAUCUCUUAUCAAAGUUGUGUAAAUAAUAGAACUACGAAAAGAGGUGACGAUGUGGAAGAACAACUGACCGACAUGAGCGAAAUGGAUGGGGAAUCCAAUAUAUUUGAUAGUUUCAAAAAAAUAACAUCAACUUUUAACCAUUAUACUAGGGGGAAUAUUAUUGAUAAAGAGGAGAGUCAAAAAAUGGACAAAAUUAUCAACAAGGCGACUCACGAAAAGGAUGAUAUUUUAGACUCUCGUAGUAGUAAAUCUAAAAAUAGCACCGAUAAUUUUAACCAAAAUAAAAAUCAGAACUUUUCCCUCAAAUUGGAAGAGUCCCCAAAUACCCAUCCCCCCAAUGAGAAAAAAAAUAACCUUAACAUAUUAGCGCACCGAAUUCCUUUGAAAGUACCCAUGAUUCGAGAACAGUAUUAUAAUAAUUAUCUUGAUGAAUGCAAAAUAACUGAGAAAAAAAAAAAAAUUAACAGAGAAGGUAACCAUUACAAUUAUAGAUUCAAGGAACAGGGUAGAGGAAGCAGAAAUUAUUCAUAUAUUGAAAAUUUCUACAAGCCCGUUAAACAACCAAAACAAUAUGGGGAAUACGUGUACAGGUAUAACAAAAUAAACACUUUCAAAAAUGUAGGUAGAAGAACGAUAGGAACUCAAAAAAAUUUUAUAGCAGGGAAAAAACACGAUAAAAAGAUGAAUAUAUGGAGUGAACUUUGUAUUACAAAACAAGAAAAAAAAAAGAAAAAAAAAAUUCCAGAGUUUAAAUUGAAACCUGCUGAGAUAAAAAAUUUCGAUUUUGAUGCAAUUUUUGUGAAGGAUGGUCACAUAAUUCCACGGAAAAUAGAUCCCUUAAAGGAAUUUUUUAAGACAUAA